UACCCCCCUCCCCUGUGUGAGUGCUGGAGACAGGGGCCGGCUCUGUGUGGGGACAGCCCAGCCCCCCUGAUGCUUUGUUGCAGUGACGAUGGUGUGAGCUGCCGCUGCCUCCUUCUCCCGGGCACAGGAUGGGUCUGACAUGGAGGGAGCCUGAGCCGGGAAUGCAGCCCCGGGGGAGUCCCCGCAGCUGGAGGCGACUGAUACAGUGUAACCCAGAGCACAAUCCCUCCUUUAAUGCCCUCUACCUCUGUAUCUUCAUCAUCAUCCUUCCUCUAGUGUCCACAUCUUGUAUUACCAUCACUAUCGCUCCUCUAAAGCACGAGUCCUCUGUACUUUAUCACCACCACCAUCACCUUCACUCCUUUCCCCUGCUGGACAUUCUCAGGUCCCCAAGUCAACAUCUGAAGAUGGUGUUUGCUCAUGAAAUGGAUGCGCAGAGGCCUCGUCUCAUCCUACCCACAGUUCUGUACCCGCUGCCAAAUAAUAGUUUAACCACCUGCCCAAUGACAGACGGAGAAACGUUAAUCCCCGGACUUUUUAAAGAUGGCGCUGCAGGAAGGCGGAACAGCACUGUACCAGUUCAGCUCCUGUUUCCAGGGGAGAUAGCGGCAGCUGGCUUAGUCUUUGGGGUUAUAUGGAUUCUGUCAGUCUUUGGCAAUGCUUUGGUGUGUCUCGUCAUCCACCGAAGCCGGCGGACGCAAUCAACGACAAAUUACUUUGUAGUGUCUCUAGCAUGUGCGGACUUGCUACUCAGCCUUGGGAGUGCCCCCUUUACACUGUUACAGAUCACCUCUGGCCGCUGGGCACUGGGUAGUGCCAUGUGUAAAUUGGCACGUUUUUUACACUACUUGACACCUGGAGUACAAAUUUACGUCCUUUUGUCCAUCUGUCUUGACCGUUUCUACACCAUCCUGUACCCGCUGAGCUUCAAGGUUUCCAGGGAAAAAGCCAAAAGGAUGAUAGUGGCCUCAUGGCUUUUCGAUGCAGCUUUUGUCUCUCCAGCCUUCUUCUUUUAUGACGGUGUGGAUGGACACUGUAACUUUUUCCCUCCCCCAUCCUGGGAUGGGGCUGUAUAUGGAGUGGCCCACCUUCUAGUGGGCUUCCUUGUGCCCUCAGCUCUCAUCAUCCUCUUUUACCAAAAGGUGGUGAAAUAUAUUUGGCGUAUUGGCACGAACAGGCUCAGUGUCAGACGCACCAUGAACAUUGUGCCUAGGACCAAAGUCAAAACCAUUAAAAUGUUCCUAAUGCUCAAUACCAUCUUCUUGGUGUCUUGGCUGCCAUUCUAUGUUGCCCAGUUGUGGCAUCCGGAUGAAAGAGACGAGCGGCACUGCUGCCUGGCCUAUCUGGCAGUAUCCUGGCUCUCUUUUGGUUCCUCAGCCGCCAAGCCUACCCUGUACUCGGUAUACAAUGCCAACUUCCGACGUGGCAUGAAGGAGACCUUCUGUAUGUCCUCUAUGAAGUGUUACAGGAGUAACGCUUAUACCAUCACUACUAGCUCCCGCAUGGCAAAGAGGAACUAUGUUGGUAUUUGUGAAAUGCCCAUUCCGGGCAAGGCCGCCGUUACGGAUUCAGUAUAUGAUUCAUUUGACCGUGAGGCCAAGGAGAAAAAACUGGCUUGGCCCAUUGACUCCAAUCCUCCCAAUACUUUUGUGUGAUUGUCAGAAGUAAAGAGACACAAUAUUGACCCUUAAUCUACCUAACACCAAUACAUUGCAGACAGCCUGUGGGCAUAAAGUGGCAUCAAGACAACUUGUGCCAAUACAAUCUGUAGAAGUCCACGAUGAGAUUCACUAACUCAACAAAACUUGACUGGAUUAUGUUUUGUACAAAAAAAAGAGAAUUUAAGCAAUAUUUAUUUUGACACAACUGGGAAGGUGAAACACAGUUGAGGUUCUGUAAAUAAAAUGUGGGGAAAGAGA